UCACUAGAGGCGCUCAUCCAUCUUUCCAAAUCGGCUUACGUUUACCCUGAAACCGGGAUAGGGAAGCCAACACAGCCAUGAACUGACCAGGUAUCUAUAGCUCUGAUCAAACAAAGUAAAAAAAAAAUGUAAAGCUUCGUUUCUAUCAAUUGGCAAUGUUGCUUAUGAAAAUUUGAAAAAUAUAUUCAGAUUUUCAGAUUGUCGGUGUUUCUGUCAGACUGCUGUUACGGUUAUUGUUGAGUUGAGUGUUUCGAACACAUUUCAACGAAAAUCGUUAUCGAUUUUUCUUUUACUAGAUAUUUGUUAUUCAAAUACUCAAAUAGCAAUACACAGAAAUGUUUACUGUAGAGAGAAAUCUCCGAGGGCACCAUGGAGCAAUUACUUCUUUGGCAUUUAGUCCAAACAUGAAACAGUUGAUUUCUUGUAGCACAGACAAGUCUAUUAUUUUAUGGGGACUUCAACAAAAGAUGAAAGCUUUCAGGUUUACUGGGCACAGUUCUUCUGUAAAUGAUGUGUGCUUUGCUCCAGCUGGAAAUUUGAUGGCAUCGUGCAGCCUUGAUGGAUCAUUGGCUGUCUGGAUUCCGAAUAUCACUGGAGAGAGUACAUUUUGGAAAGGUCAUCAAGCUGCUGCACGUUCUGUUGCCUUUACUCCAGAUGGGAGACAAAUUUUGUCAGCGUCUGAUGAUAAGACUAUAAAACUGUGGAAUGUUCACAAGUCCAAGUUUGUAGCUUCUUUCAAUAGUCACACAAAUUGGGUUCGUUGUACUCGGCCAUCUCCGGACGGUAAUCAGAUGGUUUCGUGUGCAGAUGAUCGUACCAUAAAGUUGUGGGAUUUAAAAAGUGGUGAUUGCAUUCACACCUUUUAUGAACCUAAGGCUCAAGGCAAUUAUGUGGAAUUUCAUCCAAGUGGAACAUGCAUUGGUACGGCACUCGCUAACGGGGUAGUGAAAAUUUAUGAAACUCGUAUGCGAAAGGUGCUCCAACUUUACGAAAUCCACAAUGGCCCAGUGCAUUGCUUAUCAUUCCAUCCAUCCUCUGGCAACUAUCUAAUUACUGGCUCACAAGAAGGAACACUAAAAGUCCUUGAUCUGAUGGAAGGUCGACCGAGUUAUACUCUUUAUGGUCCCAAAGGCGCGGUACAUUCAGUAAAAUUCAGUCCAGAUGGUGACUAUUUCGCCACAGGAGGAGCUGACAAUGAAAUUCUUGUCUGGAAGGCUAAUUUUGUCCAAGUACCUGAUGCAGCUGAUGUCAGCAGCAAUAAUAAAGCAUCUGUAAAAACUAAAAUUCGUCCGUCUAUUGCCGGUGGAUUGCAAGGUGUUGAUGUUAAAAAAAUUGUGGCCUCCUCUGUGACUGAAGAUCGGCAGGACAUUGAAGACGCAAGUGUCAAUUCUAAAAGGUCCUCCAGCACUGAAGAGGUUGAUCUAAGCAAGAAAACUAUGGAGAUGCAAAUUUCUCAGCCAAUUGAACAAACAGGAAAUGAAAACAAAACGGAAAGGGAGAAGCGUCUAGAAAUGAUCAUACAUGAUUUAGUUUCGCAAGUUGAUGUCUUAACAAAUACGCUGCUAGCUCUGGAACAACGCGUUACAUUCAUCGAAGAUCAACAAAAAGAAAAUCUUGGGCCCGGAACUUCGUACCUUGGCGAAAAACUCAGCAAUGUAAGCCCACCCCUGUAAACACAUUAUUUUCAAAUGGCUUCAAAUUGCAGAUGCAUUCCAUCUUUUCUAAAAAUUCUUUAUUAAAAAUGUCCUUUGUUACUCUGUACCAUCUUUUGUACUCUUUUUUAAAAAAUCUCUUCAUUAAUUUGGACUACAUGUAAAAAUACAACGAAUUUGAAAAAAAAUUAUAUUUAUCUAA